GCACAUUAAAUUGUGCGAUCGCCAAUAUACCAUAUAAGAAGAUAGAGAAGAAGAGUUCAUUUAGGAAGCUCUGUUAAACGUUUCUGGUUCAAGAUAUAUCAAGAGCCCAUGAGAAGGAGAUGAGUAUCCCAGAUUACAUGCAGUGUGCUGAGGACCAUCAGACGGUCUUGGUGGUGGUCCAACCAGUGGGCAUCGUCCCCGAGGACGAAUUCUUCAGGAUCUACAAACGCAUUGCCUCUGUGGCCCAGGUGUCCAUCCGGGACUCCCAGAGGAACCUCUAUAUCCGUUACCGUCACCACUACCUCCCUGAGAACAACGAGUGGGGAGACUUCCAGACACACCGCAAGGUGGUGGGCCUCAUCUCCGUGACGACCUGUGGUUCGGCUAAAGAGUGGCCCCAAACGUCGGACCGUUUCCACAGCCAGAAGGAUGUGUUCGGAGCCACGCUGUACGACUCACGGCUCCUGGUGUUCGGGCUGCAGGGGGAGAUAGCUGAGCAGCAGAGGACGGAUGUGGCUUUCUACUCUAGCUAUGAUGACUGUCCCGAUGUGGAGAAGAGGGUGGAGGACUUUGUGGAGUCCAUCUUCAUUGUGCUGGAGUCCAAGAGGCUGGAUAGAGCCACAGACAAGUCUGGGGAUAAGAUACCACUGCUUUGUGUUCCCUUUGAGAAGAAAGACUUUGUGGGGCUGGACACUGAUAGCAGGCACUAUAAGAAGCGUUGCCAGGGCCGUAUGAGGAAGCAUGUUGGGGACCUGUGUUUGCAGGCAGGCAUGUUGCAGGAUGCCCUGGUCCACUAUCACAUGGCAGUGGAGCUGCUUCGCUCCGUCAAUGACUUCCUGUGGCUCGGGGCUGCAUUAGAGGGCCUGUGUUCAGCCUCUGUUAUCUUCCACUACCCUGGAGAAACAGCAGGGAAGGCUUCUGGACGCGAACGCAGCCUGGCACAGGGCCAGGGCCAAGCAGCCGACGCAGGGAAGAGACACCGGCCAGGGGCGCAGGAGGUACUCAUAGACCCAGGUGCACUCACAGCCAAUGGGAUCAGUGCAGACACCAGCAGUGAAAUCGGUCGGGCCAAGAACUGCCUGAGCCCUGAAGACAUCAUAGAGAAAUACAAGGAGGCCAUCUCCUACUAUGGCAAGUAUAAGAAUGCAGGCGUGAUAGAGCUGGAAGCGUGUGUGAAGGCAGUCAGGGUGCUAGCCAUUCAGAAGAGGGCCAUGGAGGCCCUCAGAUUCCUCCAGAAUGCUGUCUACAUCAACCUGGGACAGCUGUCAGAGGAAGAGAAGAUCCAGCGUUACAGCAUCCUCUCUGAGCUCUACCACCUGAUUGGUUUCCACCGUAAGUCAGCCUUCUUCAAGCGGGUAGCAGCCAUGCAGUGUGUGGCCCCCACCAUCCCAGAGCCUGGCUGGAGGGCCUGCUACAAGCUGCUGCUGGAGACCCUGCCUGGAUACAGCCUCUGCUUCGACCCCAAAGACUUCAGCAAAGGUCCCCACCGUGGCUGGGCGACGGUACAGGUGCGUUUGCUCCAUGAGCUGGUGUACGCAUCCCGUCGUAUGGGAAACCCCGGCCUGUCCGUCCGCCACCUCUCCUUUCUGCUCCAGACCAUGCUGGACUUCCUCUCGGACCAAGAGAAGAAGGAGGUGACUCAGAGUCUGGAGAACUACACGUCUAAAUGUCCAGGAGGAAUGGAGGUUAUCACCCUGCCUGAUGGACUCAAACUGCCCCCAGUACCGUUAAGCAAGCUACCCAUCGUCAGAGUUCCGGUGGGUCCAGGGAGAUGUGUGUGAGGUCCAGCUGAUGGUCUACAACCCCAUGCCCUUUGAACUCCGCGUGGAGCACAUGGGUUUGCUGACGUCAGGCGUGGAGUUUGAGUCCCUGCCUGCCACCCUGUCUCUCCCUGCGGAGUCUGGGCUCUACCCCGUCACCCUGGUGGGGGUCCCACGCACCGCAGGCAACAUCAACGUCAACGGCUACCACACGUCAGUGUUCGGUGUGACCAGUGACUGUCUCCUGGAGGGUCUACCCAGUGUGAAGACCAGUGGCUGUAUGGUGGAGGUCAUUCCAUCAUUACCCCGUCUCCAGCUCAGCACCUCUCUACCACGGUCAGCCCACCCCCUCCGGCCCUCUAAAGAGGAGUUGUCCAGCAGUGUGUCUGUUCAGCUCUUUAACGGAGAGACACAGCGGCUGACCAUCACUCUGGAGAACAUCGGCGCUGAAGACUUGGAGACACUGGAGGUCACCUCCAAGACCUGCAAUACCAAAGAGAAGUUGUUUGGAGAGUUCCUGAGCUGGGACCUAGAGGAGGCUGUGUCUCAGCUGCCUCUGAAGCCAGGCCAGUCUGUCACCCUCACUGUUAACAUCAAAGUCAGACUGGACUUCUCUGGAGGAGAGAACCUGCUACAGGACCUCAACGACGAUGGGAUCAGUGUGACAGGCCUUCCCAUCUCCAGCCCCCUGAGACAAGUCCUCAAACCCCGGGCCGAGACCAAGCCCCUGGGCAGCGAGUCCAGCAGGACAGACUACAACCACAACCCGUCAGUGCCACCUGCUGCUGGACGUGUUCAACUCAACAGAACAUGAGCUGACGGUCAGUGCCAACAACAACCAGGACCUGGUGCUGCACCCCUCAGAGUGUCAGAGGAUGGCGAUCCAGGUGGCUAAGUUUGACUUUCACACAUUGCCCCAGCCGGACCAGGAGGCCGUGCGCUACACCAACCCCAAACUACUGGAGGAGGAGAGGCUUCACGCCCAGGCCUCCAUGAUCAACAGCACCCUGGGCAUCACCUGGAACAUCCCGUCUCUGCGUCGCCAGGGAGAGGCCAGUGUGGAGGGAGUUCUCAACCAGUUGGUCCUCGAGCACCUGCAGCUGGCACCUCUACAGUGGGACGUGGUGGUGAACGGGAAACCAUGUGACUGUGACAUCAUCGCUGACUGUAAGGUGGGCGACGCUGUGCCAUUGGAGGUGAAACUGACCAAUCGUAGUGAGAACGCGGUCGGACCGUUCGCCCUGACCGUGGUUCCCUUCCAGGACUACCAGAACGGAGUUCAGAACUAUGACCUGCAGGACGCAGUCACCUUCAUAGGAUCUAACACCUUCUACAUAGACACGGUGAACCCCACAGAGAACUCUGUGUGUAUGGGAGCCCUCCUGUUCCUCUACACUGGAGAUUUCUACCUCAACAUCAAGUUUCAGGAUGACAGUGCUGGCCAGGGUAAGGAACUGCCCCCAUCCUGGUUCGGCCUGCCCAGCGUACACAUCAAAGCCCUGGAGGUGCCUAUCGAGGCUGGGGCAUAGAGCCUGGCACUCUAUACAUGAAUAUCAAAUGUAUUUUUCUCGAUUUCUUUCAUCAUUCUCCUCGGAAAAUAUAGGUUCGACCACUUUCUGAACAUCACUGAAGGCAUGGAUGGGUAGAUGGAUGGAUGGGUAGAUGGAUGGAUGGAUGGAUGGGUAGAUGGAUGGAUGGGUAGAUGGAUGGAUGGAUGGAUGGGUAGAUGGAUGGAUGGGUAGAUGGAGCACUCGAAGCGAGUGCAGUGGGACGAGGACACAACGGACUAAAUAUUCUAGCGGUUAGCUGAUGUCACUCAAUAAUUUGCAAUAACUCGGUUUGAGGUAUUUGUGUGUACUCUAUGUUAAAGCAUGAAGGAUACAGUAGGUCUUACUGGAUUUGGAAAUCACCUUUUGAAUCAUUUUAUGAAUUUCAGCACCAUGAAAUCAGUCAUCGAAAUGUAUCAGUCACGAUGGAGGUUUUGUGAAAAGAUCAUAAGGUCUCCUCUUUCCUGCUUUUCACUCAACUUACCAGGGAUGUAAGCGCAUCAUACCAUCCUGAUGGGCUCCAAAUGGCAGUGGUGGAAAAGUACCCAUAUGUCAUACUGUAGUAAAAGUAAAGAUACCUUAAUAGAAAAUGACUCAAGUA